GUCACGGAACAAUUUAUCUGGUAAAAUUCCAGACUAUUUGGGGACAUUCCAGUUGCAAUUGCUUAACCUCUCAUACAAUAACCUUGAAGGCAAUGUUCCCACUGGUGGAAUCUUUAAGAAUGCAACUGGUGUUUUAACAGCCGGAAACAUAGGGCUCUGCGGAGGUCUACCUGAAUUAAAGUUGCCAAAAUGCAACUUUAACAUCCAGAAAAGAAGAUUGAGACAGAAAAUGACUAUAAUAUUUGCAUCUCUUUCUGGGUUUUGUGCUGUUUUAUUGCUGGUUUUUGUAUUAGUAUAUGCCUUUUGCUGCAGAAAGAGAAACAAGGAACCCAUAACUUCAGAUGAUUCAGAACUUUCUCUUACAAAUUUGUCCUACAAAAGCCUUGUAAAAGCCACAAACGGAUUUUCUUCUGAAAAUAUAUUAGGCAGCGGCAGCUUUGGGACCGUAUACCUGGGAAGCCUGAACCAUGGUAGGAAAGUUGUUGCCAUCAAGUUGUUUAAACUUGAGCACCAUGGUGCUUCCAAAAGUUUCAUCGCUGAAUGUGAGGUACUCCGGAACAUUAGACACCGGAAUCUUGUUCAGGUUAUAACAGCCUGUUCAAGUCUUGAUUACCAAGGCAAGGAUUUCAAGGCUCUAGUUUAUGAGUAUAUGGUAAAUGGGAGUUUGGAAGAUUGGUUGCACCCAGAAAUCAAUAGAAUUAAUGGCCCAAACUAUGCUUCAAGAAACUUAAAUCUUCAGCAAAGACUCAAUAUUGCUGUUGAUGUUGCUUUAGCCUUGGAGUAUCUUCACCAUCAUUAUGGUGUAUCCCUAGUGCACUGUGACCUGAAGCCAAGCAAUGUUCUCCUUGAUGAUGAUAUGGUAGCACAUGUCAGUGACUUUGGGUUGGCAAAGUUUCUCUCAAAAAGCACCAGUGAGUUUAAUUCCAAUCCAUCUAGUUCUAUGGGAGUUCGGGGAACUAUUGGUUACACUCCUCCAGAAUAUGGUUUGGGAAAUGAAGUGUCUAUAUAUGGCAAUGUCUACAGCUUUGGGAUACUUUUACUGGAAAUAUUUACAGGAAGGAGGCCUACUAAUGACAUGUUAAAAGGAAGCUUGAGCCUUCACCACUUUGUGAAAGAAGCCUUACCUGAUAAGGUAACUGAGAUUUUAGAUCCAGCUCUUCUUGAAGGCUUAGUAGAAGAUGAGGAAUAUAACUGUAUGAUGUUAGAGGCUUUGAUUUCUAUACUUGGAAUUGGACUUUGUUGCUCUGCUGAGCUCCCACGAGAAAGGUUGGACAUGAGUGACGUUGCUGCAAAGCUCUCUUCAAUCAAGAACAAGCUCCCAAGUUAUGCAAAUUGCAGAGAGAGGGCCAAUAUUAGUUUGUAAUCAUACGGCAGAGGACCAACUGAUGCUCCCAGCUCCUGAUAAGAAUGGUGGAAUAUCAGUGAUUUAUAAUCCAAUCCUAUAAAUGCUGGUAUUGAAGGUUAAAUGUCUUACCUAGAGAGAAGUGUGAUGCACAACUUUCUGAAGUCAUGUUGCAAAGGUUCCUGGAAGUUGUUUUCUUUCUUUUCUGCUCACUAUUCUUUUUUUUUUUUUUUUUUUUUUUUUUUUGAUUGAGUGAGAAAAGCUAGGUUAGCCCCUUUGAUUGGGGAUACCUAAAGCAUCCUUUUGGAUGAUAAGGGAGAGGGAAGGCGCAAAAUUAUUAAAGGACCAAAGUAAAUUUUCAUGGUGGUGCCCCUUCUUUGCCAUGUAAUCCGCCACCAUAUUCGUCUCCCUACAACAAUGGUGAAUGGAGUGAGAAUCAAGUGUGUUCAAACUACCUCCGUGUCACAUAUGAUGUUGUAGAUCUUCCAUGGGAUUUGCCACGUCCUCUUGAUGGCGUUUAUGACUGUCGGGGUCCAUCUCGAAGACCGCUUCAUAAAUUUCUUAGUCUGAUAUUGUUCUUAUUAAUUCAUUAUUGUCUUGCUCAGAAAUUAUUGGAUCUAAAAGAUCAAAAUCGGUGCUAAUAUUAAAAGUACAGUUUUGGUUGCUUGUAAAUCUAGCAGCAAAUUCUUCAUUCAUGAUUUAGCUAAUUGAAUUGUUAUCAUAGACUGUUUUCC